CAUUAGUCAAUCGUGUAACCCGCACUGGACCAUAACCAAAACCAUCUAACAUUGCAGUCUGCCUUAGUGUAUAGGAAUUAAUACAACUAGUUUGAUGCGUGUGUGGGUUUUCUGCAAAAUGGCCCCUUAUUAAAAAAAAGUGACGUACCACCCUAACGUCAUCUGCAUCCGCUCUAUUCCUCUUCCUGCUUUCGAAGCGAAUCUUUGCGGCAGUGUUAAUUGCCGUAUUCCAGUGCUGCGUGGUGGUGCACGUGUGGGUAUCUACAGAGUUUAGCUGGACGUAGAGUGAGCGGUAGGUGUUGAGCUCGUCAAAAUCCAAGGAAACGAUCCGAAUUAUCCAGUGUUUGUCGAUUGGCUAGCUGGGUGACAGGAAGCAGUGUCAGAGAUGGGCAGGAAGUUGGACCCCAUGAACAAGGUGAAGCGUGGCCCGGGGCGCAAAUCGAGGAAACAGAAAGGGGCAGAGACGGAGAUCCCCAAAUUCCUGCAGGACGAUGACGAAGGACCGAAAAGACUUUCCAGUCGAGGGCGAAAAAGGGCAGGGAAACGGGUUUUACAGAAGAAAAACGAAAUGGAGAAGAAACGCAAAGACUUGCCAGCGAGCAAAACCCCCGCCGCAAACCAGGACAAAGUGGUGCCCAAGAAAGGAUUCAGCGACAACAACGCAGAAUGGCUGAGACCGGCCAAGCGCAAGAGAGCACUCAAGGAGGAGGAGGAGGAGGAAAGCGACUCUGAGGGAGAGGGGGAGGGAAAUGGGGAGUGGAAGAAUGAAGAGGGAGAGUCUUCAGAGGAGGAAAUGGUGGAUGAUUACGGAGCUGAAGAGGGGGAAGGUGAAAGUGAGAAGAUAGGUGGAGGAGAGCUGUGGAGUGGAGGAGAGGAUGAUUCUUCUGAGGAGGAAGAGGAGGGAGACGAGGAUUCUGAGCUUUUACCUAUCGAGCGAGCUGCGAAGCGACAGAAGAAACGAGCGCAGCUGGAGAAAGAGAGAGGAGAGAGGGAAGGAGAGAGCGAGGAGGAGAAGGAGGGAGAGGAAGGCGAUCUUCAACUCAACAUCGAGGAGCUUGAGAAGUUCACCCUGCCCAGCGGACAGGAGAUUGAGAAGGAGAGCGUCCAGCCCCCCGACCUGCAAGUGGUGCAUCAGCGAAUCAAAGACAACGUGGAGGUGCUUGGGGACUUCAGCAAGAAGAGGGAGGAGGGGAGAGAGAGGGAGGACUAUCUGAGGCUGCUGAAGCACGACCUGGCCAUGUACUACAGCUACAACACCUUCCUCAUCGACAAGCUCAUGGAGCUCUUCACAGUGUCGGAGCUGGUGGAUUUCCUGGAGGCCAAUGAGGUGCAGCGACCCGUGACGAUUCGAACCAAUACCCUGAAGACAAGGAGGCGGGACUUGGCUCAGGCGCUCAUUAACCGCGGGGUGAAUCUGGACCCCCUGGGGAAGUGGUCCAAGGUUGGGCUGGUGAUCUUCGAUUCCUCUGUGCCCGUCGGUGCGACCCCGGAGUACCUGGCUGGUCACUACAUGCUGCAGGGCGCCUCCAGCCUCCUCCCCGUCAUGGCCCUCGCGCCGCAGGAGAACGAGAAGGUGCUGGACAUGAGCGCCGCUCCCGGGGGCAAGACCAGCUACAUGGCCCAGCUGAUGAAGAACACCGGGGUGAUCCUUGCUAACGAUGCCAACGCAGACCGGCUGAAGAGUGUGGUGGGAAACCUGCACCGAUUGGGGAUCACGAACAGUGUGGUGUGCAACUACGACGGGAGAGAGUUCCCCAAGGUGAUGGGAGGUUUCGAUCGAAUUCUUUUGGAUGCUCCUUGCAGUGGAACAGGAGUCAUUUCAAAGGACCCGGCCGUCAAAACCAGCAAGGAUGAGAAGGAUAUCCUCCGCUGUGCUCACUUACAGAAGGAGCUGAUCCUCUCUGCCAUCGACUCCCUGGACGCUUCCUCGGAGACGGGGGGCUACAUGGUGUACUGUACCUGCUCUGUCAUGGUGGAGGAGAACGAGUGGGUCGUGGAUUAUGCUCUGAAGAAACGCAAUGUGAAGCUGGUCCAAACUGGGCUGGAUUUCGGGAAGCAGGGUUUCACCAGGUUUAAGGAGCGUCGUUUCCACCCCUCUCUCAAGCUGACUCGCAGGUUCUAUCCUCACACUCACAACAUGGACGGCUUCUUUGUGGCCAAAUUCAAGAAGUUUUCCAACGCCGUUCCCAAACCCGUCAAGGAAGGAGAGAAGGAUCCUCAGGAGGGUGAAGUGGAGGCCACAAAUGACAAAAACACAAAGAACUCAAAAAAACCCAAACAGACCGAUUCCAAACCCGCCCCCACCACUGCAGCCAGAGGUCAGGGAGCAAAGGUUACCAAGGUCACCAAAGCUAAGGGGGAAGGAAUCCGAGACACGAAGGAGAAAAAAGCAAAGAGUGGAGCGAUGAAGAAGAAGAGGUUUGAGAAGAAGAAGAGCAACGGCAGGAUGGGAAAGAACAAGUUCAAGAAAUUCAAGAAGCUGAAGACCGUGUGAUCUGUCCUCCAGGAACAGAGCUGGAAUAGAAAUACUAAAGAAACUGAAAUUCAAAAAGAAACGCUUUCACGAGAAGGCUUUCUCAGUGUCUUCAGUGUAACCAGUGAGAAACGCUUUGACGAGAAGGCUUUCUCAAUGUCUUUAGCGUAACUUCAAUGAGAAACGCUUUGACGAGAAGGCUUUCUCAAUGUCUUCAGUGUAACUUCAGUGAGAAACUCUUUGACGAGAAGGCUUUCUCAAUGUCUUCAGUGUAACUUCAAUGAGAAACUCUUUGACGAGAAGGCUUUCUCUAUGUCUCUGUAAAUUCAGUGACAGUUUCAAUGAAGAUAUUGGGAGACUUCUAGUUAGAACAUUUGUCAUGGAAUUUUAGUUUCUUUCAGUAUUUCUAAACGCAAACAAAAUCAAUGAGACAUUCUGAGAAAGUCUCUUCAAAUCACAUUUUCUUGAAUUGCCUUUUUUAUGAUGUUUGACAUCAUUGUGUGUGGUUCUUAUUACAGUUACUUAUACUGUGUGUUUUUUUUUUUUUUUUUGCUUUGACUGAGUUCAGAAGCUGCUCUUCAGUUCCAGCUGUCUGCUAUAGACUUAUGUAGCAUCGGCUAGAUCGGCCAAAGUGUCUGUUUAGAAGUGAGAGCCAGCGCCAUCUAGUGAUCUAGAUCAGGUCUCCUACUUUUGCUCGGCAAUACACUAGAUGGUGCUCAUGUUUGCUAAUGUGAACGCUAUGGCUGAUCUAGCCUACAUUACAAAUGUCUGUGGUAGGAAACUAAAAGAGCAGCUCCUGAACUCAGUCAAAGCCGCACAGGCAUCUAAUAUCUGAGCUUUCCCUGAGAGCUGCUCACAAUGAAUACCAACAGCGUGAACAGGUAAGGGCUUGAGCGGCACACACUGAUUUAUUCACAUUGAUCCCUCCACAGCAAUCCUGGCAGUGUCAUUGGUGGUUCUCAGGCUGAUUUCCCAUUCAGAGUGAAACGUGUGAAGAAACAGCCUUUUGGGUUUGUGAUGAAAGCUGCUUUUGUUAGACUCUGUGGAGAACAGCGAUCCACACGAACCCAAGCAGCUGUUUCCUCACUGGGAAUGGUAAAUUAGCCCGAUCAACAGCAUUGACCCUCACCUGUGGAGGGCUUGAUCCAGACAAUUGAAUAAUUGGUUUGUGUAGCACACAGGGACCAUUUAAAAAAGAAAAAAAUAAGAAAUAAAAAAAUGUCACUUGAAGGUGCUUACUCUUUCAAGACUUCAUCGAAAUAAAAUGUUCUCGUAUUGUUUGUAGUUUUCACUGCAAUCUUUCAAAUCCGUUUUGAAGUGUGUCCAAGUCGAGACGACCAGCUUUUCGACUGGACGCCGUGGUCAUUGUAUUUUACACUGACAAAGGCACUGGGGCCAAAACCAUUGUCUACUGGACUUCAUAUGAGGAUGCCAUUUUUCCACACAUAAAUCAAUUUAAAACAUUUUCAAUGAAAAAAUAGAUAUGUUUGAAACUACUUUUCGUCAGCUAUUUGUAAUGUUUCAUAAAUGGAAGGGUCAAAUGGUUUGCUUCAAUGCAGAGGGGUUCUGCUGCAGUGCUGUUAAAUGCUCUAAUGAAAUCCAGCGGUGGCUCAUCAGGGUGUGUGCAGGCUGAUCAAAUUGACAGUUAAUUUCUGGAGUUUUACUUUUUUUUUUAAGUGUUUGUUGAACUUCGUUAGUCCCGUUACAAUUUCCAAAUGUUUUAUUAGUCCGAUUUGACGCAUGAAGAGCAGUGGACACCUGCCAUAUCUUGCACAUACUUUCUUUGUGUAAAUAUACACUCCUUAAAAACUUUGUUAUGCAAAUUACAUCUGUGGCAUUAUGUAUUCUGUGCAUUUUAUAUUAUAUAUAUAUAUAUAUAUAUAUAUAUAUAUAAGAUAGUGACCCUACACCCUAUGGACAGGGCUAUGGCAGGUGAAUCAGUCCCAUGGUGUACAUCCUAUUGACAGUGCUAUGGCAGGUGAAUCUGUCCUAUGGUGUACACUCUAUUGACACAAUCCCAUGUGGUCUUACAAUGUCGCUUUUAAGUUAAGGAGCCUCGAAUGAGUAAAUUGUUUUGCGUGAGACAAACUUUGACUGAUUUACUGUGUUUUUAUUUUUGGUGUUGUUGGUUUACUGCAAAUAAAACAGCUCCAGCUGAAACACGAAGCUGACUUUAUUGUAUUGCUUCUGAUGUAGGUCGUGCAAAAUAUGGUAUCUUUCUCUGCUCCACGGCUACACAGCAGAGGGAGGCACAAGCUUGACUUUGAAUGUACAGUAAAAUAAAGACAAGACACCAUUGGUAACUUU